AUGGAGGCAAUCGAAAACGAAAACGUUCCAAAUGACUAUGCUGAAGUCCGAAAUCUUCUACGGCAGUACUAUAGCAGAGCUGCAAGGAAAUAUGGAACUUCAUUUGAUUAUAACUCGCAGAAAAUUAAUGAAGCUUUAAAAAACACGCCAUUCGACGAUGGGACUGAGGUCAGUGUUAAUCGUAAUGAAGGUAUCGUGGGCGACCUCUUUGAAAACGAUAUUCUCUUGACAUUGCCUCAAGCAAAAGUAAUUCUUCAAGAAAUAAAAUCGAAACAAAAGAGACAAGCGAUUCGAGCUAAAGAAUACUUUUGGCCAACAACAACCAUUUUUUACACAUUUGGCAUUUCUGAUGCCCGAUGGCAAAAUAUUAUUAAGCUCGGUCUAAAACAUAUUGAAUCAAAAACCUGCAUGAGGUUUAAGGAAGGAAUAGCAAGAGAAGGAAUUUUUUUUACAAGAGGUCACGGUUGUUGGUCAGCAGUUGGGCGAAUAGGAGGGCAACAAGUUAUUUCAAUCGGUUAUGGCUGUGAUUCGAUAGGUAUUAUCAUUCAUGAAGUGUUGCAUGCGCUUGGAUUAUGGCAUGAGCAAUCUCGAACUGAUCGUGAUAAUUUUGUUCAAAUUAUUUUCCGAAAUAUUUACCAGGGUACUCAAGGAAACUUUGAAAAAAGAAGUGUAUAUAAUACCGAUAACAUGAACCAGCCCUAUGACCUUGGAUCAAUUAUGCAUUAUGGUCCUAAAGCAUUUACUUUUGAUUACAGCAGGUAA